AUGGAAAAUGCCAAGGAAGCGAAGAAGCGUAAAAUGUUUUCAAAAAAUCAAUCGAGAGUAUCAAGUAAAGGAAGAAACAUAACAACUCCAAAAAAUAUUUUGAGCACUUCCGAGGAUAAAUUAACCAUAAAAAAGUCUAAGAAAUCAUCUUCAUUAGAUGAAAAAAUGAAGGUUUUAAAGAAUCUUGCAGUACAAUUUCAGUUAAGAGAUACUACAAAUAUAUCCGGUGAAAAAAAUUCUCCUGCUCUUGUUAAUCCUGGAAUUACAACUGGUUCCAACAAUUCAUCAUUGCUUCAUGUUUCUAAAGGAAAAUCAAACCAGUCGAAACAAAAAAAAAUUGAUCAUUCAUCUGGUGAAAAAAAUUCUCCUGCUCUUGUUAAUCCUGUAAUUACAACUGGUUCCAACAAUUCAUCAUUGCUUCAUGUCUCUAAAGGAAAAUCAAAUCAGUCAAACCAAAAAGAAAUUGAUAAUUUGUAA